AUGUCUGUGUUCAGCGCUGCUCAGGAGCGACAGGAGCACUUUGUGUUUCUGAUGAGAGCGGCGUCCCAGACGUCUGGACGGGACCGAGGCCGUAAUGAAGACGACUGGAGGCUGGGGGCCGUCCGAGGCUGGGGGCCGUCCGAGGCUGGGGGCCGUCCGAGGCGGCGAGGCGGCGGGGCGCUCGCUGCUCGCUCUGCGGCCAGAGGCUCUGCUGCAUCACACACAUCGCCACCGCCUUCAGAGCAUGAUGACACUUUUAGAGAUCACCUGGGAGAGAUCACCUGGGACAGAUCACCUGAAACAGAUCACCUGGGACAGAUCACCUGGGACAGAGGUGAAGCAGUGGCGUCAACACAAACCCUCCAGCAGCUGGACGUCAAACAGGCGCUGAGCUCAGACAGCAGGCGGGGCCCCGGGUCCCAGCGCCCGCCCGGCUCCUGGGGGCCGAGCCCGGCUCCUGGGGGCCGAGCCCGGCUCCUGGGGGCCGAGCCCGGCUCCAGCCACACACACCUGCCUGUCCAAUCAGAGGGCCAGGACUGGAGUGAGGAUGCUCAGGACGCUCGGCGGCUGAUGGCUUCAUCUGUCAGCGGCUCCGCCCGUCUGAUUAGCUCCAUGUCUCUGCUGAAAGCGGGACGAGGGGCGGAGGCAUCAAACUGGAGCAGCGACAAAAACCUCACAUCCUGGCUGGAGAAGGUGGGCCGGGACUCCUCCUACGAGCAGGAGGGGAAGGUGCAGUUUGUGAUGGACGCCGUCUACGCCAUGGCGCACGCUCUGCACCGCAUGCACCGCGAGCUCUGCGGCGGCGCGCCUGGCCUCUGCCCGCGCAUGGCCAACAUCGACGGCAAGGAGCUGCUGGCACACAUCCGGGCCGUCAACUUCAACGGAAGUGCCGGCACGCCCGUCAUCUUCAACGAGAACGGCGACGCCCCUGGACGCUACGACAUCUUCCAAUACCAGAUCAAUAACCAAUCGACGGCAGAGUACAAGAUGAUCGGCCACUGGACCAACGAGCUGCACCUGAACAUGGAAGCGCUGCAGUGGGCGAGCGGCGACGCCUCCGUCCCGGCGUCGGUGUGCAGCCUGCCCUGCCGGACGGGCGAGCGGAAGAAGGUGGUGAAGGGCGUGGCGUGCUGCUGGCACUGCGAGCGCUGCGAGGGCUACCACUUCCAGGCCAGCGAGUUCACCUGCGAGCUCUGCCCGUACGAGCGCCGGCCCGACCGCAACCGCACCGGCUGCCAGCCCAUCCCCAUCAUCAAGCUGGAGUGGCACUCGCCCUGGGCCGUGGUGCCCGUCUUCAUCUCCAUCCUGGGCAUCGUCGCCACCACCUUCGUCAUCGCCACCUUCGUCCGCUACAACGACACGCCCAUCGUGCGCGCCUCGGGCCGCGAGAUGAGCUACGUGCUGCUGACGGGCAUCUUCCUGUGCUACGUCAUCACCUUCCCCAUGAUCGCGGCGCCCGACGUGGCCGUGUGCUCGCUGCGCCGCAUCUUCCUGGGCCUGGGCAUGUGCUUCAGCUACGCCGCGCUGCUCACCAAGACCAACCGCAUCCACCGCAUCUUCGAGCAGGGCAAGAAGGCGGUGACGGCGCCCCGCUUCAUCUCGCCGGCCUCCCAGCUGGUCAUCACCUUCUCGCUCAUCUCCGUGCAGCUGCUGGGCGUCUUCGUGUGGUUCGUCGCCGACCCGCCGCACACCUUCGUGGAUUACGGCGAGCAGCGCACGCAGGAUCCCGAGAACGCCCGCGGCGUGCUGAAGUGCGACAUCUCCGACCUGUCGCUCAUCUGCUCGCUGGGCUACAGCAUCCUCCUGAUGGUCACAUGCACUGUUUACGCCAUCAAGACGCGCGGCGUGCCAGAGACCUUCAACGAGGCCAAGCCCAUUGGAUUUACCAUGUACACCACCUGCAUCAUCUGGCUGGCCUUCAUCCCCAUCUUCUUCGGCACGGCGCAGUCCGAGGAGCGGAUGUACAUCCAGACGGCGACGCUGACCGUGUCGCUGAGCCUCAGCGCCUCCGUGUCUCUGGGGAUGCUCUACAUGCCGAAGGUCUACAUCAUCAUCUUCCACCCGGAGCAGAACGUCCCCAAACGCAAACGCAGCUUCAAGGCCAUCGUCACCGCCGCCACCAUGACCAGCAAGCUGUCGCAGCUGGCGGCCGAGCGGCCCAACGGCGAGGUCAAGACCGAGCUGUGCGAGGGCGUGGAGGCCAGCGUGCCGGCGACCAAAACGACCUACGUCAGCUACACCAACCACGCCGUCUGAGAGGGGCGAGGCGUCCCGGGACGCUCCACGAGACACACCGAGCACGCUCCGCAUCAACCAAUCAGGACAGGAGACGAACUGAUCCGACGUGUGUGUGUGUGUUAUGUGUGUGUGUGUGUGUGUGUGUGUGUGUGGUUUUCAUGCGGACAGGAAGCGAGUGCACGGGCUGCUGCAGACGGGAACGCAGCACAAAAACACACAGCA